CUGGCGCCGGCUCCGUCUGCCGUCCGGACAUGGCCGUGAACCUGCUGCCGCCGCUGUCCAACGACGACAGCACCAUGUUCAGGGACUUCUUCACCUACCUCACCUCGCCAAACCCCAGCGCCUGCCGCCAGCUGGUCCGCUUCGGCGGCGUCGGGGACACGCGGGACGAUGACGGAACGCCGGCCAUGGACGGCCACAAGUUCGUCUGCCUGGACCCCGAGUUCGCGCUGCGCUCCAGCGACCAGUGCCUCGUCUACUCGUUCGGUAUCGCCACCGACUGGUCGUUCGACAUGGCCAUGGAGCGGUUCGGCUGCGACGUGCAGGCGUUCGACCCGUUCGUCAACUACUCCAGCCCGGUCGAGGACGCCAUCCAGUUCACCCAGAUGGCCGUCGGCGACCGCAACGAGCGCAGGGACGGCGUGGAAGUGCGCACCCUCGACUUCUUCGUGGAGCGGCUGGGCCACCGGAGCAGCACCAUCCACUACCUGAAGAUGGACGUCGAGUACUCCGAGUACGGCGUGCUCAGGCAGCAGACCGAGCAGAUGCGCGCGUCGGCGCUUUUCAGAAACGUCGAACAGAUCGGCAUAGAGCUGCAUUUCAAGGAGUACCUGCCGCUGGAAAAGCAUGUGGACUUUUAUCGUAGUUUCUAUGGGAUAUUUUUGGCCAUGCAGGAGAUGGGUUUUUACGUGUUCUCCUCUGAGCCCAAUCUGAUGAUGCUGCCCACGAUCGACGUGCCAGGUAUGCGUGAAAAGGUGACGACAGCAAUGGAAGUGGUCUGGCUGAAAUCGAGCUGCGCCACUCGGUGACUGCCAGACGGGCUGUGAUUGCCGGUAUUAAAUAUAUGAUAUGG